ACACUCUACUAUGGCCUUAAUCUGCUCAUCCCCUGUGUACUCAUCUCAGCUCUGGCCCUGCUAGUGUUCUUGCUCCCUGCAGACUCUGGGGAGAAAAUCUCCCUUGGGAUCACAGUUUUACUGUCUCUAACUGUCUUCAUGCUGCUUGUAGCAGAGAUUAUGCCUGCAACAUCUGAUUCAGUGCCAUUGAUAGCCCAGUACUUUGCCAGCACCAUGAUCAUUGUGGGCCUCUCUGUUGUGGUGACAGUGAUUGUGCUGCAGUAUCACCACCAUGACCCUGAUGGGGGCAAGAUGCCUAAGUGGACCAGAGUCAUUCUUCUUAACUGGUGUGCAUGGUUCCUGCGCAUGAAGAGGCCCGGGGAAGACAAGGUCCGCCCAGCUUGCCAGCACAAGCAGCGACGCUGCAGCCUGGCCAGUGUGGAGUUGAGUGCGAGUGCAGGGCCUCCUACCAGCAACGGGAACCUUCUGUACAUCGGCUUCCGAGGCCUGGAGGGCAUGCACUGCGCCCCGACCCCUGACUCUGGGGUUGUGUGUGGCCGCAUGGCUUGUUCCCCUACACAUGAUGAGCACCUUCUGCAUGGUGGACAGCCCUCAGAGGGGGACCCAGACCUGGCCAAGAUCCUGGAGGAGGUCCGCUACAUUGCCAACCGCUUCCGCUGCCAGGAUGAGAGUGAGGCUGUCUGUAGUGAGUGGAAGUUUGCAGCCUGCGUGGUGGACCGCCUGUGCCUCAUGGCCUUCUCAGUCUUCACCAUCAUCUGCACCAUUGGCAUCCUCAUGUCAGCUCCAAACUUCGUGGAGGCUGUGUCCAAAGACUUUGCAUAACAUCACCCAGUUCUAUACACGUAGGAAAUGCACAGAUAGGCAAAGUGGUUGUUGGUGAGAAUUCUGUGUGGUAAACUCACAGCAGCAUUAAAUGUGACAACUCUGAUGUAUCCUUUGUGGCUGUCAAUCCUGAUGGUUACAGGUUUCCUUGUUACCUUCAGUAAAAGGAUCUUAGUAUUUUUCUGUUUGAUAUCUUAUGCAUACCAUUGGCACAUCACUAUGUUCAGCAGGGCCACUGUACAGUCAUUUUGCCUAUUUGUUCUCUUUCUGGAGAGCCAUUUAGAGAGAUCUCUGUGGCUCCAGACUGCCAGGGCAGGCCUGUACAGUUGGUUUUGCAUGCUUGCAUGUCAUUUGCCAUAAGGCCCACAUAAAAAUUCAACGUGUGCUUUUGCCUGUGUACAAACCUAGAUUAAAACUAAUGAUAAUAAACCACUCACUAAAUCCAUUCUAAUAAUUGACUUGUGAAAGAAAAAAAAAACUAAAACCUAUCUGCUGGCUUUUCUGUAGUUCAACUAUAUAUUUUUUCUCUACCGAUGAGAGUCGGUAGAGAGAACAGUUGUAUGCUGUUUAUAGAAGAGAAUGAGACAGACACUGUGUGUGUAUGUGUGUGUUUCUUGUAAACUAUGUUUAUACCAGCUGACUAAUUUUUACAAACCUAUUCUUUUGAGAAAAAUCAGAGGGACUCAAGUUUGUGUCAAUUCCAAUAUAGGACCAGACCCAGUCAAGUGUGCAUGAGAGGCUGUGUCCCCUGUAGAUCCUAGAUGACUCCCAAGAUUCACGUGCUACCCCUCGACACUGUUCUGUUCUGCAAAAUUCAAAGGACAAAUAGGGUUCUGUGAGAAAUACCAGCUCGAAGGAAUAACUGAAGCUAAGUUACACACUUUAAUGUGCUUUUUUAAAAAUAAGAAUGUCUUAGAUGCUUCAUACUUGUUGGAGAUGAUUCGUUUUAGAAGAAUGUCCAUCCAAUGCACAUCGUAAAAUGAGCAUAUUAUUUGGCUUUUUCUCCAUGUGACAGGGCCAGGAGGCAGGGACUGGGACCUCUCUGGGCCCCUGUGUAGUAAGAACUGGGGAGGGGAUGGUGGCUUUCUGAGAUGCCCAUCAGUAGCAGUCAACAUGGAGGAGCUGUCAGAACAUCAGAGGCUGCACAGCAAUAAGCCCUGGUUUCUGACUUUUGGGGUUCUGCCUCCUUAUAGCUUGUUCACCCCAGUUUCAACACAGAAAGUUGGCUCAGGGUUAAUGGGUGAUUCACUGGAGAUGUGUUCUAAAGACAAGAACAAUUUCAAUUUUUUAACCUAAGAGGGGACACCAUAUCCCACUGAGAUUAGCAGGUAGUAAUCACUAUUGCCUCUUCUUGGUUGUUAUUGUUUUUAAUGAGAUCAGAAGGUAAUUCACCAAGAAAAACCUCUGUGGUUCUAUUGUGUCAUUCAGUAACUGCUCAAAGCUCAAAACUGUGCUUCUGAGCUCCUAGAAAUCUUUAAUCUGCAUCCAACCACUGAGUGGGGCACAUCAUGAAAGAUUAGAUUUUCAGAUCAAAAGAAAUUGCCAUCCAUUUCACUAAUUUCUGAGUAAUGCCUAUAAAUUCACUUGUUUAGAGAAAAUGAAGGUUUGUGUGUUUUAUGUGUGCAUGGGUGCGUGCAUAUGUGCAAGUGCCUGUGUGUGCAACUUAAGAGAACUUGUUUACAACAAGAAGGUUGAUAAACCACAAGACUCUAGCAAAAUGCUAUUUGGAGCAGGGUCAUCCACCCAUUCUACAUGGUGUGGACAAAUGAUGCACAAUGUUGUUUUUGUUUUUCCUAUUGAGGUGUCUUUAGAAACAAAUAGAAGUGUUUGAUUUAAAAAGAGAGAGCUUCGUUUCUUAUUGUUACAUGAAAUUAAUCUCUACCAUAUACUUUUCUGCUUUAAAAAAGAGAACAUUUUUCAUUUUGUAUUUUAUACAGAAAAACAUAAAAAGCAAAUAAAAGUUUAUCAUUUUGACCACCCAAAUAACUAUUCUGUCAUUGAUAAUAAUAAUUAGGAAUUAACUCUCCACAAAAUUAGAAAAAUGUGUAUGGUUAGAAACAGAAACCUUCCUUAUCCUAGUCACUUGAGAAGUUGAGGCAGGAAAUCACAAGUUGGAGGCCAGCCUCAACAACUUGGGAAAACCCUUCCUCAAAAAAAAAAAAAAAUUAAAAAGGUGUGGAAUUGGCACAAAGGUAGAGCAUCUGU